AUGAGCCAGAUACCCAUGCUCGCGAACAAAGAUGAGCCGUCGCUCGAGUCGUAUGACCUGCAUAUCAUUUCGCAGCGCAAGUCGUCGAUGACGGGGUCGAUCGCCGCCGACUCGCUCUUCGCGCCAACCGUGAGCGACGGCACGGCCUUCCACCGGCAGCACCCGACGACGGACAACAACGCCGACGACGAAGCCGCCACCCGCCGGUCGUGGACGCACUACUACGUCGGCGCGCCUGGCACGCUCCUCGGUGCGGCCAUUGGCCUUGGCCUCGGGCUCUUACUUGCCACGGAGUCGGUCAAGUCGCAGCUCAAGCAGUACGACUAUGCCGAGAAGCUCAUCGUGCGCUGGGGCGCGCUCUACUUUCGCGCCGUGAGCUGUCUCUUGUCGCCGAUCGUGUUUGUGAGUCUCGCCCGCGCCGUCGCCGACAUUGUCGCGAGUCCGCGCAUGACGCGCAUGGGGUGGCGGCUCGUCGCCUACUCGUUUGGGACCACGUUAUUGGCUGUCGCGCAGGCCAUGGCGUGGGGCUUCUUGUUUGCCGACAAGUACGACGGCGCCGAGUACAAGUUCAAGUAUUCGUCGUUCUCGAUCAAGUGCCCCAACACGAAUGGCUUGACCCUUGGCGCACACAAGAACGGAACUUUGUACUGCGCCAACAUGACGGCCAAGCAGCUCAAAGCCAACGGCUUCCCGCUCUACGACGACACCAAGCAGCUCGUGCUCGCACCGGAUAUUCGCAAGCUCAUCUACUACGAGUCGACGACCAAGGAGAUUUUGCAUGGUUUGCUGCUUCUGACGCCGGGCAACUUUGUCGGCGCCUGGUACCGCAACGAGGUCAUGAGCAUCGUGGUCUUUGCCAUGGUGUUUGGGCUCGCCGUUGGUCUCGCGCAAGUCAAGCCACUGCUCCAGCUCCUCGAAGGCCUCGAGACGAUCCUCAACACGAUGAUGUCGGCGGUCGUCAAGAUCGCACCAAUCGCACUCAUCUCGCUCAUUGCUGGGCCCGUCUAUGCUGGCACCCACGUGCUCACGCUGGACCAAGAUCUCGGCCGCAUCCUUUGGUACCUCCUCACCUUCCUCUGUGCGACGCUCGUCCACGCCUGCGUCGUGCUCCCGCUCUUGUUUCUGCUUCGAACCAAGCAGUCGCCGUGGCGCUUCUUGGUGGUGCUGAAAGAAGGCUUGCUGCAUGCCCUCGGCAGCUCGGCCUCGCGCAAGUCGCUUCCGGUCGUCGCGCGCUGCUUUGAACGCGCAUCCGGUGUCCACGCCAACGCCCGGACGCGCUUCGCCUUGGCCACCGGUAUGGUCUUUACCAAGAACGGCGGUGCGCUCUACAUUACGCUCUCACUCUUCUGGGUGCUCCACAACUCGGGCAUGAUGCGAUACAUCUCCGACACCAAGAUGGGCCUCGUUGCCUUCUCGUCCGUGAUUGGCGCCUAUGCAAUUGCACCUGUCCGCACGGGCGGUGUCGCCGUCGUGCUGUCGCUGUUUACCAUGAUCACGGGCCUCUCGAUUCCGUACGCGAUGCACUUUCUGCUCGUCGCCGAGUGUUUUUUGGAUCCGAUCGCAACGGUUGUGAAUACGUGGAGCAACGCGGUGAUUGCUCGCAUCGUGCUGCACGAAGAGAAGAGCCGCCCCCGGACACAUGUCGUUGCGGCAACGGACGUGUAG